AUGCUUCACCUCAUGUGGUUGGCGCUCGUUGCCCUAACGUCGACCAACUCCGUUCGUGGUUUGGUCAGCGAAAAGGCACCAGAACAUGUCCCGCAAUAUGUUCUAGACUAUGCACCGCUGGUCUGGCUUCACAGCCAGGAAACAUACAUGCCCAGUGACAUCCAAGCACAGAUUGAUCAUACUGUCCCCAAGGUCAAUUGGACUUCCAUUGAGGGUGUUCAAUGUCCUUUAGAUCUGAGUAACCUUGACACCUUGAACAGCCUCGGCAAUACAAGUGUAUAUUUGACGUCCCACGAAGGCAUUGAGGCCAACCCACAGCCAGCAUGGAUUCGAGGUAUAGCCCCAGACAACGAUGGGCGCAUUGGAAAUGGCACGGGAAGUGCGAUCAUUCUCGCCAAUCGUGGAAAUGAGACGGUCGAUGCCUUUUACUUUUACUUCUAUGCAUUUAAUAAAGGCGAUAAAGUUUUGAAGAUGGAAUUCGGGGAUCACAUUGGGGACUGGGAACACAACAUGAUCCGAUUCCACAAAAGCCAGCCUACUGCAAUUUGGUAUAGCCAGCACGCGAGUGGCCAAGCCUUCACAUACCACGCCGUUGAGAAGCAAGGGAAACGGCCCUACGCCUACUCGGGAAACGGAACUCAUGCUAACUACGCAACCUCCGGACAACAUGAUCAUGCAAUCCCAGGCAUAAAUCUCCCCGUAGGGUUUGUAAUGGAUUACACAGACCGGGGAAGUCUCUGGGACCCUACCCUGAACGCAUAUUUCUACACCUACGACUCCAAAACAGCCGCCUUCGAUGCUGUUAAUUCAAGAGACCCAGUUGCAUGGCUGAAUUUCAAUGGGAAGUGGGGAGAUGACCAGCCUCCCGGUGAACCCGAAAUUUUCGGACAAGCCAAAAACGUGGCUGGUCCGAACGGCCCAAAGUUCAAAGGCUUAGGCAGGAAGCUGAUCUGUCCAUCUAAGCCAUGCGUUGUGCUCCCAUUCAGGAUUUGGUCUGGAAAUUCGACAGAAUAA